AUGCCGAGAUCGUGCUGCAGCCGCUCGGGGGCCCUGCUGCUGGCUUUGCUGCUUCAGGCCUCCCUGGAGGUGCAUGGCUGGUGCCUGGAGAGCAGCCAGUGUCAAGACCUCACCACGGAAAGUAACCUGCUGGCCUUCCCCCUCGAGUUCAAGAGGGAGCUGGCGGGAGAGCGGCCCGAGCUGGCGCUCAGCCCCGAGGGCCCGGACGAGGGCGCCGCUGCCCGGGCCGACCUGGAGUACGGCCUGGUGGCCGAGGCCGAGGCGGCGGCGAAGAAGGACGAGGGGCCCUAUAGGAUGGAGCACUUCCGCUGGGGCAGCCCGCCCAAGGACAAGCGCUACGGCGGCUUCAUGACCUCCGAGAAGAGCCAGACGCCCCUGGUGACGCUGUUCAAAAACGCCAUCAUCAAGAACGCCCACAAGAAGGGCCAGUGAGGGCACCGAGGGGCAAGGGGCUUCCCUCCUCGGAAGUCGACCCUAAAGCUCCUCCUUGCCUGCCCACCUGCCACCUCACAGCCUGGGUGUGCUGCUCGCUCAGGCGGUGGGAGCAGCGGAUGUUCAGUCGGUUAAAGUUCUGUCUGUAGUUAGGAAAUAAAACCUUUCAAGUUUCA